AUGGGCGCUGAGGUACGCCUCACGAUCAAUGGCCGUCCGUACACGGUUCAAGUAAACACAACCACCGUCCCGGUGGACACUUCACUGAACACCUUCAUCCGUAACCAUGCACAUCUGAAGGGUACCAAGUUUAUGUGCCGGGAGGGUGGAUGUGGCGCGUGUGUUGUCACCGUAUCCGGGCAUCAUCCUGUCACGCGGGAACGCCGAUCAUGGGCCGCUAAUUCGUGUUUAGUAUCGGUAUUCUCCUGUCACGAACAGGACAUACUCACGGUUGAAGGUAUUGGCGGUCAUAAGAAGGAUUCCUAUCAUCCGAUUCAACGGCGGCUUGCAGAAUAUGGUGGAUCCCAGUGCGGGUACUGCUCACCCGGAAUGGUGAUGAGUAUGUACAGUUUACUUGCAGCCCGGAAGCGUGAUCAGCCAUCGGACGAGGAUGCAACGUCAGAACCAAGCCUAACUGCAGCUCAGAUAGAACAGGCAUUCGAUGGGAAUACUUGUCGUUGUACCGGUUACCGAUCAAUACUGGAUGCAUUUAAAUCGUUCGCUCAAGAGAAGGAUCAGGAACCUCCGAUCGUGGACAUUGAAGAUCUGGUAAAGGACACACCCAAGACUGCAUCUACCUCGCGUUGUCUCACGUUUGCCGAUGGGCGCAAGUGGUAUAAAGUGACGUCACUUGCGGAAACGUUCGAUGUACUGGAGACGUCGAUCACCAGCGACGAUCUUUACACAUUCGUCGGAGGAAACACUGGCCAUGGAGUGUAUAGACGGUCGGAACGAUUAAAGAUCUUUAUAGACAUCAGUUCCAUCGAAGAACUGCACCGACACACGUUCGAUCGGGAGCUAGUCGUUGGAGUUGGUGUUACAUUGACGGAGUUUAUUGACCUGCUAGAGCGUACUGCUGAAGAAUAUCUCAGCUUCGCUUACUGUAUACCCAUGGCUAAGCAUGUAAGAAAGAUCGCCAAUCUGCCGGUACGAAACGUCGGUACGAUUGCGGGAAAUCUAAUGAUCAAGCAUCAGCAUCCAGAAUUUCCAUCCGAUUUAUUUUUACUGCUAGAAACCGUCGGAGCAAAGCUGACCGUUGUAUCCUCUGCCGACAGUGAAGUACUCACCGUCUCACCGCUAGACUUUCUAAAGUUGAACAUGCACAAGAAAAUACUAACAACUGUCCGACUGCCACCGCACGAUCAUGUCAGCACGACACUUCGUUCCUACAAAAUAAUGCCCGUUGCCCAAAACUCACGGGCUUACGUUAACGGUGCCUUUCUGCUGCAGCUUUGUCCCGAACGGAAGCUCUGCACCUCCAUCUCCAUCUGCUUCGGUGGCAUUAAUCCUUCCUUCGUACAUGCUCAGCAAACGGAGUCCUACCUAACCGGGAAACCCCUAUUCGACGAGCUCACGCUCUCCCAAGCGUUGAGGAUUCUUGAGCGUGAGCUUAAACCGGACUAUGUACUACCGGAUGCAUCUCCAGCGUACAGAAAACAGCUUGCCCUCGGCCAGCUUUACCGAUUCGCGCUCAGUGUUCACCCUUCCAUCGGACGAACGUUACGCAGUGGAACGGAACCUAUCGAACGACCGCUCGUGUCUACCGGCCAACAAACGUAUGAUACGUACCAAAAACGUUGGCCACUCACACAAAGCAUUCCGAAACUGGAAGCCCUAGCACAGUGUUCCGGAGAGGCCGUGUUCAUCAACGAUAUGCCACUUUUGCCGAACGAACUGCACGGUGCUCUCGUACUGUCCAACGAAGUGCAAGCCCGCAUCGUAACGAUCGACGCAUCGGAAGCGCUUGCAUUACCCGGUGUACGGGCGUUCUUCUGUGCACAGGACAUUCCCGGAUUCAACAACUUUAUGCCACUCGAAAUGGGUUUCCCCGAGGUGGAGGAAAUCUUUUGCAGCGGUGAGGUACAGUUCGCGGGUCAGGUUGUGGGGAUGAUCUGUGCCGAGAGUUUUGAGCUGGCAAACAAAGCUGCCGGGUUGGUUCGGAUCGAGUACAAACGUGCCGGCAAUAGGAUCAUUCUGCCGACCGUGCAGGACGUGGUGGAUGCGCUAGACUAUAGCCGUGUCAGUGAUCAACCAUACGAUCGACAUGGGGUACGGUAUCACGUGGCUAAGGAAGGUCCGAACACGAUCAGUGGACGGUUUGAUCUUCGUGGUCAGUAUCAUAGCCCGAUGGAAACGCAAGUGUCUCUGUGCGUUCCGCACGCUGACUCGAUGGAUGUGUACUGUGCGACUCAGUGGGUCGAUCAUGUACAGAUCGCCGUUUCCCAAGCGCUACAGGUACGCGAAAGUACACUCAAUCUUACCGUUCGACGAGUUGGUGGAGCGUACGGUGCGAAACUAACCCGAGCGACCCAGAUAGCGUGUGCUUGUGCGGUGGCAGCAUUCCGUACUGGGGUGCCGGUUCGGAUGAUACUUCUGCUCGAGACGGCAAUGUCCGGGUCCGGCAAGCGUUGCGGGAGCGUUAGUGAGUAUGAGGUAUCGUUCGAUGGGGCCGGACGCAUCGGACGCCUCUCGCACACCUUCAUACACGAUGCUGGAGCAUCGUUGAACGUGAUGCUCGGCGGAGUUACAAGCGAUCUGUUCAAGAACUGCUAUCGUACGGACUUUUGGAAGCUGCGCACAAAGAUUGCCCGCACGGACUGUCCACCAAACACAUGGGCUCGGGCACCCGGUACAUCCGAGGGCAUAGCAAUGGUGGAGAACAUUAUGGAGCAUAUCGCGCACCGUACCGGGCUCGAUCCGGUAGACGUGCGGAUGGCAAAUAUUUCACGUGAGAACAAGAUGCACUCUCUGCUGCCUCGCUUCCGGCGACAGGUUGAGUACGACGAUCGGAAGCGCCAGAUUGGGCAGUUUAAUGAGGAAAAUCGUUGGCGCAAGCGUGGUAUCGCGAUCAUGCCGAUGCAAUACCCGCUGGAGUUAAAUUCGAUGAAAAAUGCCGUAGUGUCGGUGUACACGGAUGAUGGUACCGUAUCGAUUACACACGGUGGCAUCGAGAUGGGUCAGGGAAUUAACACGAAGGUAGCACAGGUGGCUGCCCAUUUGUUGGGUAUACCGAUUGAGAAGAUAGUCGUUCAUCCGACUGAUAGCCUUUUGAAUGCUAACUCCAAUGCAUCCCAACACACCCAGGCAACGGACGGUGUGGCUUUCGCCGUCAAACGAUGCUGUGAGAUUCUCCUCGAACGACUCCGGCCCUAUCGUUCGCUACUGCGACGUACCAGUUGGGAGGAUAUGGUCCGCAAUGCCAACAUGGACGAUGUGGACCUACAGGUUUCAUUCUACGCCACACCAACGGACAUGCGUACCUACACCAUCUGGGGACUGGCGUGUGGUGAGAUCGAGCUGGAUGUCCUUACAGGGCAGGUGCUUGUACGGCGCGUUGACAUCCUGGAGGAUGUUGGCGAAAGUCUCAACCCUGGCAUUGAUGUCGGACAGAUCGAAGGUGCAUUCGUGAUGGGUUUGGGAUACUAUCUGACCGAAGCGCUGGUGUAUGAUCCUAAAAAUGGUGCGCUUAUAAAUAACCGUACCUGGAACUAUAAGAUACCAGGUCAUCGGGAUAUCCCGGUUGACUUUCGGGUGUCGUUUUUAAGCAAGAGUUCCAACACGGGUGGUGUGUUGCGUUCGAAGGCGACUGGUGAACCGGCGUUAUCACUCAGUCCCGUGGUUGUAUAUGCCGUUCGGAACGCGUUGCGUGCGGCACGGCGAGAUGCUGGACUACCGGACACAUGGUUACAUAUGAGUAGCGGUAUGACACCGGAAAAAAUAUUUGCUCUGUUGGAGAGUUCUAUCGAACAAUACAAAUACGAAUGA